AUGAGUGACCCAGCAAAUCCACAUAUCAAAGAGCGCACCACACCUCAAUGGGACCCCCGAAAAAUGGAAGAAAGAGCCAAAGAAAAGCUGAGCGAGGGCGGCUGGUACUACGCCUCCUCAAACGCAGGAAUGUCAAACACACACCUGGCAAACCGACAAGCCUUCUACCGCCACCGACUAAUCCCCAACCAACUAAUCGACACCAACAACCGCUCAACCAGAACAACGAUCUUCGACCACAAAGUCUCCGCCCCAAUCGGCUUCGCCCCAAUCGGAAUAAACAAAAUCUACCACGCAACCGGUGAAGCCGCCGUCUCAAAGGUCGCCAACGAGCUCAACCUCCCCUACUGCCUCUCCACAGCCGGCAGCACAUCAAUUGAAGACGUAGCCGCGGCAAACGGACCUUCCGGAACACGAUUCUUCCAACUGUACAUGCCACACGACGACGAGCUAACGGUCUCACUUCUCACGCGGGCCUGGAAAAACGGCUUCGACGCACUGAUUCUCACGACGGAUACAUGGCAGCUCGGAUGGCGACAUGAUGACGUCGCGUCGUCGAAUUAUGCAUUCUACCGCGGAUUCGGUGCGGACCUAGGUCUUGCUGACCCUGUUUUCCGGAAGAGAUGUGUUGCAGAUGGGAUUGAUCCUGAUGUUGAUGUUGUUGCUGCGUCGACGAAGUGGAUUGAUUCUGUUUGGCAUGGUCUGGGGGGGCGGCCAUUUGUGAUUAAGGGGAUUCAGUCUGUUGGUGAUGCGAGGAAGUGUGUUGAGCUUGGGGUUGAUGGGAUUGUUGUGAGUAAUCAUGCUGGUAGACAGGUUGAUGGGGCUGUUGCUAGUCUUGAUGCGCUUGAGAGGAUUGUUGAGGCUGUUGGGGAGAGGAUUUAUAUUAUGUUUGAUUCUGGGGUUAGGGGGGCGAGUGACGUUGUUAAGGCGUUGGCGCUUGGGGCGAAGUUUGUGUUUAUUGGACGGCUUUGGAUUUGGGGGUUGAGUAUCCAGGGGGAGGAUGGGGUUCGACAUGUUAUGAAGUCGUUGUUGGCGGAUUUGGAUAUUCUGAUGGGUGUUGCUGGGUACAAUGGGGUUGAGGAUUUCAAUCGGGAUAUUCUUGAGUCGGACCCGAAGAAUUAUACGCUCAUACCACAGAAGACAUUGUGA